CGGAGAGCGUACCCAUGACCACGCUGGACGUGUCGAGCUGCAGCAGCUCGGAGGACGUGUCGCGGGUGGACCGGCGGCGCGCACCGGCGUUCUCGUGUCCUUGCACCAGCAACCAGCUGCUGGUGGCCCUGGCCGCCACCUUCCAGGGCCUGCUCAUUGUCGUCACGCUCACGGCCAUCAACAAGUACGGCAUCUUCACAGACAUAGAACCUGCGAAGUAUUACGAGAAAGCCGACAUUCUGCAACCAGACAGGAACGCUGCCGAGGACUACGGAGGUGUUCCCAGCAUUCCCCAGCAACACAAGCGAAGCCCGAAGCCGUCGACAGCUUUCGACGAUUUGGCGGCGUUCGCCUCAGACGGCGGCAACGGCAGCCGCGCCCUGAUGUGCAUGUUCGCGGAUACCUUCGAGGGAGACUUCCCGACGCACCUGUGCACGCACCUGGUGUUCAUGAACGCCGUGAUCGACCUGCAGGCGCAGAUUAUUCGCCCGAACUCGGCCGAGCAGGGACGAGCCGAAGGUGACGUUGCGUUCAUUGUCUCAGUGCUGCAGCGGUUCAUCAACCAGCGGCGUGAGCAGGAAGAGGGUGGCAGCCACUUCCUGGUGUCCCUGUGGGAGGCCCGCGUGACGGACACGUACCGCGACCUGUUCACCGACUGGUCGCGCGGCACCCGCGCCGCCACGCUGGCUCUCGGAUGGCUGCAGCGCACUGGGCUGGACGGACUCGCGCUGCUCAACCUCGCACUCACCUCGGAAACUGCGCCGGACUUUCUCAAUAUCUUCAAGGUCUUGCGCGCCGUGAUGGGCCCCGACUUGUUGAUGGUGUUCGGCUUCUACCUUUCGGAGAGCUACCAGGGCAAAGAGGAGAAGCGGCUCAUCAGGAUGCUGCACCAGAUAGCUAACCAGGUGAACUUGACUGUGUUCGAAACGCACGAUCCACGACCCGUCUCGUGCAAGGUGUUCGUGCCCAACGCCUACAACAAGCGCAACGAGGACGCCGACGCUCCCGACCACACAAUACUGCAGUGCCUGCAGUGGAGCGCUGGCCCUGCGGAGCUGUACCAGCGGCUGCAGGGCCGGCUGUGCAUGUCGCUCACCCUGGCCGCGUUCCGCUUCAUCGUGCACGUGGGACCCGGACACCUGGGCGCACGCUGCUACAACUACUACCCUGCGUCACUCAGGCAGAUGACGUUGAUCCUGGACGAGUAUCCUGCUUUGUGCGUGGCGCUCUAUCACGCGGAUCUCGAGGACUACCGCGGCGUCUGCGACCCCGGCGAGCCUUUCGCACGCAUCACUGCAGUCAGGCAGAUAACCGACUCGAAACCGCCGACUGGGACAAAGUGAUGCCACGAGCAAACCGACAGAGCGUCAGCGUCGUCAUAAGCUGCGAGCAUUCCUUCUUCACCACUUACCGUUUUCAUGCUUAUGUCGCGUAUUGUCAUUAACGAAAUACACGUAACUUGUACAACUAACACAAUAAACGCGUUCUUGUACAGUAUAAUCUCGUGUGUAAUCACAUGCAAACCUAAUUAACGUAUAUCCGUAUUGCUUCAAUAAAGAGGUCUUUGUAUGC